CGCCAAUUUACGAUGUACAUAAAAAUAGCCCAAUUUACGUAAAAACUGCAGUAAAUCCAUUAAUCUUCUACUCCGUAGAGCAAAAUUACGAUUAGGGUUUUUGGAUCGCAGCUGCUCUUGAUCCGAAUUUUCAGCAACCAUGGUUCUCAAGACUGAACUUUGCCGCUUUAGUGGUGCCAAGAUUUAUCCUGGGAAAGGAAUCAGAUUUGUGCGUGCAGAUUCUCAGGUUUUCCUGUUUGCACAAUCAAAAUGCAAGAGGUACUUUCAUAACCGUUUGAAGCCUGCCAAGCUCACGUGGACUGCUGUGUACAGAAAACAGCACAAGAAGGAUCAUGCCCAAGAGGCUGUUAAGAGGAAGAGACGCACCACAAAGAAGCCUUAUUCUAGAUCUAUUGUGGGUGCAACCUUGGAGGUAAUCCAGAAGAAAAGAGCCGAAAAGCCAGAAGUCCGUGAUGCCGCAAGGGAGUCUGCUCUCCGUGAAAUUAAGGAAAGGAUAAAAAAGACAAAAGAUGAAAAGAAGGCAAAGAAGGCAGAAGUGAUGGCCAAGUCAAAUAAGGCAGGGAAGGUCCCCAGAAGUGCUACACAGGCUAAGGGUCCUAAGAUUGGAGGAGGCGGCGGAAAACGCUGAGCUAGGUGUUCUUUUUAGUUCGCUUACAGAAAUAUGAAGAAUUACUUGGGGUUAUUUUAUGUUCAUUUCAUCACUUCAAAAUUUUGAUAUUGGCCAUAAACUCGUCACAGGUUGUCAGGCCUUUUGAUUGCCACAUUUAGAGCCCGUUUGGAGAACUCUGUUUUCGGCUUAUCAGGCUUAUCAGCCAGCUUUUUCACCAAACACGUAACUUUUACUUUCGCGCGCUGAAUUGUGUAAUAAGCCGAAAAAGUAAGGUUGGAGUUACUUUUCUGGCUGUAUUGGCUGAAGUUACUGUAAAGGACCAUUUUAGCUAUUUUUACCUAUAAUUUUUUCUUUAAUUUAUUAAUAAAAUAUAUUUUUAAAAUAUUUUUUUCUUAAAUCAGCAGAAUCAGCCAAAACAGCCACUCCAGCCAGAAUAUCAUAAAUUUCAGCAGAAUCAGCCAAAACAGCCGAUUUUGGUGCUACCAAACGGGCUCUUAGCUAUUUGUCUUUCUGCCGCCCUGCAUUGAACAUGAAUUUCGUUAUUCAACAGAAAAAAGAAUUAUAUAAUCUGUAUAGUGGCCAUUUCUUAAAGAUGCCUUAACCCUGUUAUUUCUAUUUACAUCCCAACCUAGUUCAGUUUACCUUGCACCAACCGAGGUUGAUUCUGUACCAGCUUAUUCGACUUGUUAAAUAAAUAAUACUCCGUGAGAUCCAUUGGAUGAUCCUUUCGGCUAUAGCUUGAUUGUAUAAAUAUAUAAAAAGUUAGGUUGACGGAAA